CAACUAAAAGACAACAAAUAUGAGAUUCCCUACUAUUCCUGUAGUAAUUCGUGAAAUUUUAGCUGAAUUUUGUGGUUUAACUAUACUAUUGUUUUUAGGUUUUUCAUCGUUUUUAUUGUUUGAUAUAUAUCCACACAACGCUUAUUUAGUACAUAACAUGUGUGCCAAUACAUCGGGUAUCUGUAAUACAGUCAGUUAUGGAAGUGGUUUGUUGACCGCUAUACUAAUUGCGGGUCACGUUUCAGGUGGUCAUUUUAAUCCCGGAGUCAGUGUAGCAUUAGCCACAUUAAAUAAAUUUCCAUACAAAAAGCUGUUGUAUUACAUACCGACUCAAUAUUUGUCAGCAUUUUGUGCGUCAGCCGCCGUCCAUUUAUUUCACUUAAACCACAUUAGCGAUGACCUGACUAUCCGAAAUCAAUUGUUGGAUUCACUGUUUGUGUUGGCACCCAACCAUCAAAUCAAUUUAUUUGUAACUGUUUGGGACAGCUUUCUCUCGUGUUUUAUAUUUAUGGUAAUAAUACUGGCCAUCACUGACCACAAAUCGACAGGCAUUCCUCCACCACUCGCACCACUAUUUUUGGUAAUUGCUUUUAUUGGUAUUAUUAUGGCAUUUGUUGUCAAUUGUGGAGCAGCACUAAACCCAGCUCGCGAUUUAGGACCAAAAUUAUAUGCUGUCAUUUAUUUAGGAUUUGAAAGAGUAUUUAAACAUCAUAAUUUUGUAUUUUGGUUGACCCAACAAUUGGCACUAUUUGCAGGAUUUAUAGCUGGAUAA